CUGUGGUUUGAGUCUGACCUCUCAGCAUAAAUACUAGGACACUAGCAUUUGCUUCCUUUUAUCCAUGCACAAGCAAAGUCCUGCACAGAGACCUUAAGAAUCAAGAACGAACUGGACCAGGUCUCUGUUCUGUACUGUUAGUGAUUCUUAUCUUGUGUCAUUUUCCAUUUUAUUUGUCCAUAAGCCGUGGAUACUGGACAAAAUGCAGAAGGAAACCAAGACAAAAAUCUUGUUUUUUGUGAUAAUGGUAGGCUCGGUGUGCAUGUUAACAGCAGUGGUGACAGACCACUGGGCCGUGUUGAGUCCUCGAGUGGAGAACGUAAACGCAACAUGUGAGGCAGCCCACUUUGGCCUUUGGAAACUUUGUAAGAAACACAUCUAUAUUGAGGAUGAGGAAUUAAUUGGUAAAGGCUGUGGACCUAUCAGUUUACCGGGGGAAAUCAACUGCACUUACUUCAGACACUUCACACCAGGGGAAGAUUCUGAGAUCUUUGAAGUUAAAACUCAAAGAGAAUACAACAUCUCAGCAGCUGCCAUAGCCAUCUUCAGUCUUGUCUUCAUGAUUCUGGGCACAUUGUGUGUGUUGGGUUCCCUCAGAAAGGGAAAUGACUAUCUGUACAAGCCUGCUGGCAUGUUCUUUGCUUUUGCAGGUCUGUGUGCUAUCAUCUCAGUAGAGGUAAUGCGUCAGUCAGUCAAGAGGAUGAUAGAAAGUGAGGAAACUAUCUGGAUCGAGUAUUACUAUUCCUGGUCGUUUGCGUGUGCGUGUACAGCUUUUGUCCUGCUCUUCCUCAGUGGAAUAGGUCUGUUGAUAGUCUCCAUGCCACAGAUGCCUAGAAAUCCAUGGGAAACCUGCAUGGAUGCUGAGCCUGAACAGAUAUAGAGCAGGAAUUCAAAAUGCCAGCCACAUAACAAUUGUCUGAAAAUAUAACUAGACCUCUAAGAUGCAAUGUCAGAGCUUGACAAGCAGAGGUCUUAAAAUUAGCUCAGUAAUGUCCCUUUUUCCCUUGCAAACUGGCACUGAAGAAUGUAGGUGUGUAACACACCCUUUUACAUCAUGGCACAGUGAUGUUCUCAACUGCCUAGAGCAGAAUGUAAAUGUUUGGUCUGCUGCGGUUACUGAAUGCUUGGCCAGAAAUUUUGGAAUAAUUUCAGAUAUUGCAGAUGCAAAUAAAAUGACAUCAAUCUCACUCUUAUGUGAAACAGUAAAAAUAUUCUGAGACUUUCCAAGUCUACAGCUUCCUGAAACGCACCCACAAACUGUGUUUAUAAGCUUGAAAUGGAAUGGUGUGCUCAAUAUCUUUUGAGAAGAAUGUGCUUCUGUGAUUUAUAAUUUGGACCCAUUUUUGGGUCUGCACAAGCCUGGCUAAUCUGUGUAUCAAGCUGUAACCUCUAGAUCAGAAAUUUUGCACCCUCUUUUUGGGUGGUGAUUCACCCAAACUGCCUUAUACUGUAUGUAUAAAAAUAUUUUAAUAUAAAAUCUACUGUCUAUUUAAAUUCAUCAGGCUUUUUGAAAUUAAUUGAAACACAUAACUUUGUAAUCUGGUUCCCAAACAAACUGUUUUAUAAAGUUUGCAUUAGGAUUUAGAAUGUGGGGAUCAUUGUCAGUGACAAACACCAAUAUGGUGACAGAUCCACAGCCUUGUGGGAAAUGCUUGGGCAACCAAAACCUGCUUGUGGUCUUUUACUGCUCAUGUUCCUCUCAAUUCUCCACUUUGACUUUCUGUAAUUUUGCAAUGGCAACAAAAAACAAAAACAAAACAAAGACAAACACCAUAUGCUAUGGCAAAUUAUAAAAAAAAAAAAACAUAUAUAAUUUGAUAGAUAAAGCUUAGUUUUUUAUUUUAUUUUAUUUAUUUAUUUUGAUGCAUGCAGAACAAGAGACCAUGGAUGUUUGGAUCUUGUUAUGCUGCCCACCAGAAAAAAAAAUGUAUUUCUGGUGUUACAACCCUAUGUCAUGUAUUUCUAAUAAAAACAUAAGCUAACUCCUA